UUGUCACUUUCUCUUACCGCCGACACCAUCUUGAACGAGAUCGCUUAUUUACAGGCCCUUCCAGCCGCACACACAUCACAAUCUCCAUUAUUUGUGAAGGAAAGGUUCAUUUACGCUGGCUCUCGUACGCCCUUCUAUGAUCGUGGAGCGCAAGCCCCUUAGUCUUCCUCCACCGGUCGUCUUUGCUCCUAGGCCAAUUCACACGACACUACAGAAUGCUCACAGUGUAGUUCCCCCACCACUUCCACCCACUCCUCCGCCGCCUCCAUUUGAUCCCUCAGCUCCGCUCCCUUCCUUAAAUGAUAUAAAGCAGGGCGAGCAUGCCGCGUCGCCCGCCGAUGCCACAGAAGGGUUGACCGAGGAUACGCAGCUGUUAAAUGGAACGUCGACUUCAACGUUAACUGAUACAUCUGAUUUGAAAUCACGACUUUUACGGGCCAGAGAGAAUUCGUUGAGAAAGAUGCAUGGUGGCGAACCACCAAGGAAGCCGCCGCAGUACGAUUUUAUAUAUGCCGAUCAUGAUUCUAUCGAAAAUGAAAUCAAUGAAUUCUACAAUUAUCAAGACAAAGCACACAUCCUGGAAGGGAAAGUCCUUUUUCAUUCGGAUUUUGCUAGUGAGUGGGCAUCCGCAAGCGCCAAAGUCCGACGCGACUACAUAUCAUUACUGCUCGAAAGACUCGAGCUCAGAGACCCGGAAGAGCGCUAUACGGCCGCGAAGAAGCUUCUUUACAUUGCCCAAGGUGUUUUUGCUGAAACAUCAGGGCAAGAAGAACAGCUGCGCAAUAUCAGAGAGUACAAUAAGCUGCUUUUUGAACUGGGUGCCUUAGAAUAUUACUUUGGAGCUGUGAAAGUGGUCUCGAAUACGCUUGAUGUAAUCUCGCGAGUAACCGACCCACAAGUGACAGCAGCUGAAAGACAAGUCGCCAUGGACCUAGCAAACGGAGAGACCUCUGUGUACCUUAGUCUUCUGUGCCUCAUGGUUGAGGUGAAUGCAAAAGAUCCGAGAUUGGCUAAUGAACUCAUGGAUGUGAAUCCAACAAUGGCUGGGUAUCUUUUUAGCUUGGUUGCCCAAUUGGCGGAGGGUAACCGCAAGCAUUAUCCCGUCAAAAAGCUCUUGUUAUUGUUGUGGAAAGUGCUGCUUUGUUCGGUUGGGGACACGAAACGUUUGAAGGACUUGAAGAACGCUUCACGGGCAAUAGAAGGCCUACCCCGCUCACCAUCAGACAAUGUUUUUCUAAAGUCAACGCCCCAGGAUUACCACAAUUACCAUCUUAUCACCGCAACCAGAUACCCCACAUAUGUCACACCCAGCGUAGAGUCAAUAUCUCCAGCGGGAGUGCGAUUGGCGGAGCCUCUACCCACUAGUAUUCGACGACAAUUGCAGCAGCCACCCCUAAUUCAGCCCUUUACCGAUGCAAAUGAACUUCUUCCACGUGCUUUUCAGGAAAGCGUUGAGCUAUAUCGCAAGCAUAACUACAUCAGCCUAUCUUCUGUACAAAUUGCCAAAGAGAAAGCUCGUAUGGAAAGGGAAGAUCUCAGAAAGCAGAGGGAUGAUGAUGACACAGGAAAUCCGGAUAUAAUGGAUGGAAUGGAAGACGACUCGAUAAGUCAUCUUGGCAGCGAGCGUAAACGGGACGUACAAGCAAUGCGACCUGGGGUUAGGGGCGGGGGAAAGAGAGCUAGGAAAGAAGAUUCUGCAGGACUCAAACGGGUUGAAUUGCUAUACCGUCAUAUCUUACCAAAUAUGGGGACGUACAUUGGAAUGCUUAUUCGCCUCCUCUAUUACGUUAAUCUCGGUAAUAUAGUAAACUCUUCCGGAGCACCUGGGAAGCAAGAGGGCGAAGGAACCAAUAUCAACGGAACUGGUAAAGACACGAAUCCCUCGCUACCUUCGCCCGAUGCGGGUAAAAGCUCUUGGACUACGGACAUCCCGCUCUCGCAAAUGACGAUAGAGCAGAAACAGGAGUAUUUUGACCGUGUGGAUCUUAACCGGCAUAAGGAAGUGGUUACAAAGGCCGUGUCUGCAAUUUUGUUAUUGUUGCUGAAAGCUGCCAAGUGUCACCACGCCCUCAAAUUUGAAUACAUCGCACAGCUUUUGGUCGAUAAUAACUGUGCCAUUUUGAUCCUCAAGAUGCUCAGUACAUGGUUGCAGAAUCCUCCCGCGCCCUCACCAACGCACUCAGACCAUGAUGCAAGUGGAUGGCCUGAUGCGCCAAGUUCUGGAUCGAGGGCCCAGCAACCCCCAUAUGGAAUGGCUUCAGGCUGGCUGUCAGCUAGAGAUGAACCGGCGGAAUUGAAUUUUUUCCAUUUCUGCCAAGCAAACAAGGAGAUCGACAGGGCCACUUCCGCGGACGUAGAUGCCAUGGAUGUGUCGAGCGAUGGUCAAUUGAGCGCCGCCUCCACUGCACAGAAUGGCAUAGAUUCUUCGGACAGCACCCACAACUUAUCAACGUCAAACUCUCGUAGAGCAUCAGUUUCUACGGACAGAAGAACCCCUUCUUGCUUCCGCAAUUUCUUCACCGCAAUCAGUCUACUUCGCAUCCUGCAAAAGCUCACAAAAUCUAAGACGCAUCGUGUAUUAGCCUUGGUGCAAUGGAAGGCCUCCGCUGUUUUAAAGCGAGUCAUGAAAGUCCAUCACGUUGGAUUACAGCUUUAUGCCUUGAAACUCUUGAAAAGUCAAAUUCCAUUUUUGGGAAAGAAGUGGCGAUCAAGUAACAUGAAGGUCAUUACAGCUAUCUACAUGCAUUUGCGUCCCUAUUUAAAGGAUGAUUUUCUCUCUGGUGAUGUGGACGUGGAUGUCGACGAGGCAUUGGCACAAGAGCAGGGCCUGCGUCUUUUGAUCUCAUCCUACCAUGAAAAUCGCUACGGAGGUCUGUUCUCAAGUAGCGCUCCGACGCCUGGGGACGGGGAGGACAGCGAUUCGCAUGUGGACGAACUCGAUCUGAUUCUAUCCCUCUCGCGCCGUGUCAGCUACGAUGAUGGGGAUACUUCUCAUGUGCGCUUUAUAACCUCCGGUGUCCGAAAUCCUGCUUACCAUGAUCAUUUGGAUUUGGACGUGAAUUUCAUGGAAAACUAUGAGGAAUGGCUGCGGCACGAGGUGUAUGAGCCAGAUUCGACUGGUUCAAAUGCUCUGUGGAAUACCGGUAUCGACGUGUUUCGGUCAUCACCUCCAAAUGGUGCGAAUGGUGAUGUCAGCCCCGCGGAUCUGCCUUCUAUCAGACCCCGCUCGCUGUUUUCUGCAACACAGCGGUUCAGCAAGGAAAUGCUCAGCGAUUAUUAUGAUGAUACGGAAUGGACAUGGGACGAAGAUGAUGGAGUGUUGGGAAUUGGCACAGGUGUAAGUAUGUGGGAUGAUCAUGCGGACGGUCUUUUAUCUCCCGAGAACUUUGAAGAUGGCGAAAUGGCGAAUGGCUGGAAAUGGCAUACCGGAGUCAACGGAAGUACGGAAGGUUCCGAGGCAAGCUCCGACAGUGGCAUCGGCAGCUGGGAGGAGGAAGAUGGAGAACGUAAUCGCAAGCAGCCUGGAGCGCAGGAGGACAAUUACUAUUGGCCCGAUGAACUGCCAGUACAAGAUGCAUAUGUAGAUGCCUUUGAUCACACCAACUCAGACAGUGCUCCCGAAGACACAAUGGAUGUGGAUGGAUUGACUUAAGUAGCCAGGACUUUGAUAUCUGACGGCGAUUUUUGUUUGUAUGUAUACCCAGAAAGUGAGUUGUAAAAAGUAGAAACACUAGAAAGAUCUCGCUCGACAACGAAGUCGGCUUUCCGCAGAGGUUUUGCCAGAGCAUGAUGUUUGCUGCAAUAGUCCUCCUAUCCAAAUUCUAAUCCCUGAGCUCGUCUCGUAUUACCUAGUCUAUUUACUAUAUGCAAGUUAGAUACAAUGGAGUUACAGCUUCACGUCCAGAUUGAGCCUUGUCUACUUUUUGC